AUGCUGAAACUCUACGAGGGAGUAAGGUUCCUGACUAUUCUUCUCAGUUUAAAGCACGAAAAAUUCUACGAACUAUCUGACAAAAUGAAGGAUCGAAUUGGAGUAAUGAUCAUUGAUGUAGGAAUUCUAAUUUGCUCCAUUUCUAUGGAUGAAAUGAAAGAUGGCUUCGCCAAGGAAACAGACUUUGUUCUAUUCCAUUUGUUGGAAGAGCUCCAGUUUGUUAUGGAAGAAGUUGCACAAAUUUAUCCACCAUCAUCAUUACAACUAAGUUUCCCCAGGACUAAUGAGCUGGGCUUUAUUGAUUUUCUUCUAGAAAAUCUCAAGGAAGUAAAGGCUGGUUCAAGUACUUUCCCAAUGGCUGAAAUCAAGACAGUCCAAGAAGAUCUUGUAGUCAUAAGAUCUUUCCUAGAGAAAAUUGUGGACCAGCGCAACCAGAAUGAAAAACUCCAAGGUUUUUGGAGUCAUGUUAUGGAAGUUGCAUACAAGGUUGAAUUCAUAAUUGAAUCUACAGUGCUUGGUGAUGAACAUGAACAUUGUCUGGGAUCUGUUGCCAGAGAAAUCAAUCUUAUUAGGAUUGAGGCCCUUGAGAUCUAUGAUAACAUUAGGCAUGAUGGUGAGACCCCCAGAGUUACCCAGAAUUUGAUUCAAAUGCCAUCACAUGUUACUGCUCCAAUAUCCAGUGAAGAUUUUGUGGGUCUCAAAGACGAGAUGGAAACUAUAAUUAAUAGACUAACCAGAGGAUCAAUGCUGUUGGAUAUUGUUCCUGUUGUGGGUAUGGCUGGACUUGGUAAGACAACAUUAGCCAAUACGGUUUACUGUGAUCCUUCAGUUAUUAUACACUUUCCUAUUCGUGUUUGGUGUACUGUUUCUCAAGCAUAUAUCAAGCACAAUUUGAUAGCUCAGAUUCUGUCUUGCAUUGCUUCUGGAAGUUCUGAUGAAUACCUUAAAAUGACAGAAGAUGAUUUGGCAGAAAAGUUGUACAAGUGUUUGAAGAGAAAUAGGUAUCUCAUCAUUUUGGAUGAUAUGUGGGACAUUGGGGUAUGGAAUUUGUUGAAAACUUCACUACCAGAUGAUGCCAAUCAAAGCAGGAUUCUGUUCACCAGCAGAUUUCAGAAUAUGUCUAUGCAAAUUAAACCUGAUAGCAAGCCUCACCAUCUUCGCUCACUUACUGAUAAAGAGAGUUGGGAAUUGCUGCAAAUUAAGCUAUUUGGCAACGUAGGUUGUCCUCCAUCAUUAUGUGAAGUUGGAAUUCAAAUAGCAAACAACUGUAAGGGCCUACCUCUCUCAGUUGUCCUUGUUGCUGGAAUUCUUGCUACUACUACUCAAGAUUGUGCAAUGUGGGAAGAAGUUGCUAAAAGUCUAAGUUCCAGCAUUGUUCUUGAAGCUGAGCAGUGUAUGAAGACACUUGAGAAGGGACUUGACAGACCACAUGAAGCCUUGCCUUCUUUACUUUAG